UCGUCGGUUUCAGUCACUUCGGAUCAGCUGACGGGAUUGGAUGUGUGCCCCCGUUCGUUCGUUCGUUCGCUCCGUUCGUUCAUUCAUUCCUUCGAUUGACCGCUUAGUAGUGUGUGGUGCGUUCCGGCAGUCAGUGGCCACCAAGGCGGGCAAGUUGAGGUCAGUCCAGUUCUACGGUCGAAGCUUGAACUACUUAAUAAUUGCAAAGGGGAUACUAUUAGUCGCGAAGCGCAUCACGACGAUCUCUUCUUCGGCAGUGGUGUAGUUGUGCUCUGUGGGAAACGGGACGGCCAGAGAGUCUACAGAAGCAGAGGAGAUAGAGGCAUUUCGGUCAAAGUAAAGAGAUGAGGAACGAGAUUGAUUAGCGGGUAGCCAUCGUCGACGUCGUGGCCAGUCUGUUUGACCUUUUCGAGUGGGAUUUUUACGCCACGCGAGUCAAUUGAAGUGUUUACUGCGCGUUGGAAUCUUGGGGUCGGAGUUGUUAGAAAUCGGAACCGUUCCGAGAGUGUGAAUUGACCCCGCAUUGAUUGGAUCGUUAAGACCGUUUGCGGAAACUAUCCAGCACAGACAACCCGCUCUGGAGGUGAGAGUGUCUACCGAACUUGAGAGAAGAAAAGGGCGAGCUGGUUUCGUUGGUCGCCAAUUUGGUUUUGCUUUUGAGACACACAGACGAGAUUUGGGACAGCCGUGGCCCUGUGUGGCGCCGUGUAUUGCUCGGUGUUUUAUUUCGGUAGUGAUUGUGGAUUUUGGUUAUUCUUUCAUUAGAAGCUUCUGGGAUUGAAUGUCAGAUACGCAGUCUGAGCACUUCAACCAGAGAAAGGUGUCAGUGUUACGGUAUUUUCGUUCUUCGUCGUACAUCCAAUUCGCAUUCAUUUGAGACCGGAGUAACAGAAGAAAACACCACAGUGAGAAGAAGCAGGAAGAUUUGACGUUUGUAUAACCACAACACAACUACAUCAUCAUCAUCGAACAUCACGAUUUACAAAAAAGUUACAUCUAGGCCUAUAGUCGUCACCAUUGCGUGUAAGGUGAUGUUAGUGAUUUGACGUUCCGCUUUGAUGCGUUCUUCUGCGAGUCGCGAAAAAGAGUUAAUAGAUUAUAUUUGCAUCACUACCGAAUCGUGUUCUCCAGGAUUUAGCAGUGUGAGUGUUCGAUGUGCAUGAAGAGCAACAACAGCAAGAGCAUCGUCUAGCAAUAACAACCAUAAGAGAUUAUACGGGGCGACGACAGCAGUGGAAGAUUCAGGAAGAAGAAGCAAACAAAAUAAUCAUUGAAGAUUUAUAAUACCGACACACAUCGGGGCAAAAGAAGCGCCCACCUAUAUAGGAAGGAGUAUCGGUGAAGAAGAGAAGGAGUGAGAAGGCAGCUCAAGCUCAGCUCUACUUUUGUGGUCGUGCUGAUUGGUGUAUUCAUGUAAAGCGCAACAAAACAAAAAACAACACUCACCCCGCGAAUCAGUGAUUAAAAUGGACCUCACCCUCAACCGCAGCUAAAUUGCAACUUCUAAUAGUCUCUGUCCACUCGGGAGGUAACGAAGCGCAGCUCAGUCACCGGUCGAAGCCAGACGUCGAAACAAGUGCACAAGAAAUCUGCAAUCAUCAUUAGUGUCACAUUUUAAUUCAAUUACCGCAACGCCACUCGCCGGACGAGCUCAAGAAAAGCGCCAUCCACGCCCCCGUGAAGUCAUCUUGGUGCAUUCGUUCUUAAUCUGUUGCCUCAGGUGAUCAACGGAAGAGGCUUGUCUCUUGCUGGGAGACAGUUUUAAAUUCUUAUGUAAGUGUUCGUCUAUCUGUGUAAGUGUAUGUGUGUGUAGCAAAAGGCACGACCGAAGCCUAAUGAGUUCAACAGCCGGCAAAAGCUGCACAGAAGACCACCAAUGAAGCUUGAAGACCUGAACGGAGCUGCCGGAAGUGGCGGCACAGGUGGGGAAGUCAUGUUCAGUGACGUCAGAUGGACAGUUGAACCCGGUAGCGUUCGAAGUGGCGAAGGUCGCCGAAAAAGUGCCAAAUGUAGCAAUCGCGUGUCGCGAAAGAUCGUCAAGGGAGCUGAAGAAGUGAUGGCGGAGAGCUCGACCGAAGCAUUCCAGUCCUGCCCAUUGCCGACGAUGCCUUGUCCAGCGGCGUCCAGAAGGUUGAGUGGGAGUGGUAACUCAGCGGAACAGUCGAACAGCAGCAGCAGCAGCAGUAGUAGGCGGCGAUCUAGGUCGUCGUCAUCCAGCAGGUUGUGGUGCUGGCACCGGUCUUCGCCGGCGUUAGUGUUGUACAUAGUAGGCGUAGUGUUAGUAGGUGCAAUUUCCACGGUUUACUGUGAUGCAGUUAGUAGUGGGGGCAGCAGCAGCAGCAGUAGUAGUGUUAGUAGUAAUAGCAAUCCUAAUCAAAGAGGUGGUGAUAACGCCGUCGUGGACGGGGGGCAACAUCUGGUCAGUGGCGAGAGCAACGCGGUGGAACAGGACGACGCGUUCGGCAGUGGGAGUGUGGGUGCGUGCGAGGAUCAUUACGAGGGCAGCGGACACUACACACACCACUGGGCGGUGCACAUUCCGGAGGGCGGCGGCGAAACGGCGGAACAAGUCGCCGACGAGCACGGGUUCAUCAAUCAUGGCAAGAUAUUCGACGGGUACUACCACUUCGAGCACCGGCACCUGCAGAAGCGAUCCCUUAAUCCUUCGGGGCAUCACCAGCGGCGACUGGACGGAGACGAUCGGGUACGAUGGGCGAAACAGCAGCGAGCCAAACGGCGCCCGAAGCGGGACUUUCGACCCCUCAAGAGCCCCUACACGAUACAGCUGAACGACCCCAAGUGGGGCGAGAUGUGGUACCUGAAUCGAGGAAACGGCCUAGACAUGAAUGUGAUACCAGCCUGGAAGGAAGGCGUAACGGGGAAGGGAGUCGUGGUGACGAUCCUGGACGACGGUCUGGAAUCGGACCAUCCUGAUCUGGAACAUAACUACGACCCCAAAGCAUCGUACGACGUGAACGGAAACGACGGUGACCCGAUGCCACACUACGACCUUACGGACUCGAACCGACACGGGACUCGGUGUGCCGGUGAGGUCGCUGCCACGGCUAAUAAUUCCAAGUGCGCCGUGGGCAUUGCGUACGGUGCCCGGGUCGGUGGUGUCCGGAUGCUCGACGGGGACGUUACGGACGUGGUAGAAGCGAAAUCGCUCGGUCUGAACUCGCAACAUAUCGACAUCUACAGUGCCUCGUGGGGACCGGACGACGACGGGAAAACCGUUGAUGGUCCGGGGGACAUGGCGACGCGGGCCUUCAUCGAAGGCGUCCGGAAGGGACGUGGCGGAAAGGGUUCCAUUUUCAUCUGGGCCUCGGGAAACGGUGGCCGGGAACACGACAACUGCAAUUGCGACGGGUACACCAACUCCAUCUGGACCCUGUCGAUUUCUAGCGCCUCGCAGGAAGGAUUGGUGCCUUGGUUUUCGGAAAUGUGCAGCUCUACGCUGGCGACCACUUAUAGCAGCGGUAACACCAAUGAAAAACAGGUGAUCACAACCGAUUUACAUCACUCCUGUACGUCAUCGCACACGGGAACGUCGGCUUCGGCUCCACUUGCAGCCGGAAUAGCUGCUCUCGUCCUGGAGGCGAAUCCUAACCUCACGUGGCGAGAUCUACAGCACAUAGUGGUCCGUACGGCUAAACCAGGCAAUCUGAAGGAUCCAACGUGGUCAAAAAACGGCGUCGGUCGACGAGUAUCUCACUCGUUUGGCUACGGGCUGAUGGACGCCGCAGCAAUGGUGAAGCUGGCACGUACAUGGAAAACCGUUCCGGAGCAGCAAAUCUGCGAGAUCAACGCACCCCAUCUGGACAAGCAAAUUCCACCUCGCACCAAAGUCACCCUACAGCUCGUGGUGGAGCACUGCAAGGGCGUCAACUAUCUGGAGCAUGUGCAAGCGAAAAUAACACUGACCUCCCAGCGACGGGGCGAUAUUCAAAUAUUCCUAACCUCGCCGUCCGGCACCCGAGUCACGCUGCUGACACCUAGAUCCCAUGAUUUAUCUCGUUCCGGUUUCAAUCAGUGGCCUUUCAUGUCGGUGCACACAUGGGGCGAAGCGCCGCACGGGACCUGGCAGCUGGAGAUCCACAACGAAGGCCGUCUAUUAGCUCAAAUAACGCACUGGAAUCUAAUCUUCUACGGUACGGAAACGCCGGCUCAACCAGAUGACCCGGUCCGACUGGGGAAGCCCGGCUUCAGUGAUAGCAACUAUGGCGGUGAGAUCGAACACAACUCGCUGGAGUUCGACAACGGCAUCACCAGCGACCAGUGGAGGAAUAUGCAGCAGAUCGGUGAAAGCCACGUGGACGUCCAGCGGACGGCUUCGAGCGACGUGACGGCCUCGGUGUGCGCCAAAUACUCUGGAGCCUUGUGCAUAGAUUGCGGCUCAUCCUCAUACUUGUACAAAGGCCGCUGCUACAGUACAUGCCCGGAUUCGACCUUCCCGUCGGACGCGGUCCCAAGUGGGCCACCGAACAACGACGAUGAAGCUACCAUUAAAGAAAGUGCCUUCAUCGAGCAGCAACCGCUACCGAAAGGUUCAUUACGACGCAGCACUGCGGCAGCUAUCGCUUUCCAGCUGGUCGACGAUAAUUCCAACAAUUUGGACAACGACGCACUACUGGUGCCAGUGGCAAAACCAUCACCGCAAGAACGUGACACUCAACCUCACGAGCAGCAGGAGCAGGAUCAGGAAAGCCGUUUGUGCAUUCAGUGUCAUCCCACGUGCCUCAAGUGUUUCGGCCCGGACGAAUUUCAGUGCACCGAGUGUCAGCCAUUAUUUGCCUUCGUCGUCGACGGCGACAAUGAUGUCAAUGCGUCGCAUCCCAGUUCGGAUGUGGGUUUGCCAAACCAACGACGUCACUGCGUCUCUAUCACCGGAAAACAACGCUCGGGCGGAACAAAUAAAUCCCGGCCUAAUGUUACAUUAUCCUACCAGGACGAUAGCCAAAAGUCCGAUAAGAGCUGGCAAUCGUUCGACUACCUCAUUAUGAUAACCGCCGUAGGAGCGACACUGGUAGUGGCCUUUGCGGUCAUCUAUCUGAUGUGGCGGCGUUGCUUCAGGGGUGUCCUGUUGGGUUCCGGGGUAGGUUCUGGUGGCACCGCCGAUUACCAGUACGACCGGGUGCGAACAGACGAAGCCAAUGCCGGCAGUGAACCGUCCUACGCCGAACUGGUUCGAGACGAGAUUGAUGACAUUCUGGGCGAAAGCUCCAGCGACGAGUCGGGCGGCAGUUUUAUGGCCACCCGAAUCAUUGCACCACUGGAACGAUAGAGAUGUGGUGUCAUUAGCAUGGGCCCGAAUCAGCGAAAGCACCAUUCGACACUCCAUGCCAUGUGGCAAAUGGAGCUAACACUCCGGCAAAGAUGGGUAGGAGAGCAUUAAGUAGUAUGUAGUUGAUUGGAUUUCUAGUAGUUACAGGUAGGAAGGUGAUGCAGAGAAAUGAAUGAGCACAAUUGAAGUAAAAUGAACCAGUUAGAAUGAAGCUUUUAAACUAGUAAAGUAAGGUAACAAACAAAAAGUGAUUAGAAUAAAGUAGAUAAAUAUUUUAUUAAA